AUGAUCACUUCAGAAAUCAUAGCUUAUGUUAUCUUCGUAUCAUACUUCUUGCUCAUCUUCCUAGCCUUCUUUUGUGUCUUUUGGUCCUUGUUGCGAGGCAGAAAUCCUGGUCAACUUCUCUCCGGCAGAUCCUUCUUCUUCCUCCGAAUAGCUGCGGUGGCCCUGGUUGCAACAUGGACCUACAUGAUCAAAUUUAUGUUUGUAACAACACAGUGGUCUUACGAUUACUACGCAAAACGACAUUACGCUCCAACCAUAGGACAAUGGCUUGCUAACACUGGUCUUUUCGAACAAGCUUGGGGCAUAGUAUGCACAGGACCUAGUUCUUGGUGGUGGAGUAGCUUUAUAUGUACUUGGACAGUGAUCUUUACCGCUGUGGUAUGGACGGAAAGUGGAAGAAGAGGUAUCAAAUGGCCCUGGGCAUAUAUGCUGCUAGGACAAUUAGUCGCCAUGUCCGUCGCUACAGCUAUGUUCAUCUCGGCUCUUUAUCUUCAUCCUCGUAAACGACCUUCCCAAGGUGCUCCUCCAAGGUUAUACUUUCCACUUUUACUGGCUUUGGGCACCAUUCAUCUCCUCCCUACAUACACUGGAACAAGUCGAUUCCUCACCAACCUUUUAUGGAUGCACGGUCUCUUACUGGUAGCAUUACUCGCCCCACCAUCAAAGGACAACGAGAGAGAGAAACUGGGCAUCCCUUUCCCUACGCUCUAUGCCUUGUUGGGGGUAUUGGCAGCGGCCAUUCAUAUUCCAAAUACAAACCGAUUAUUGUCUGUAAUUCCCAAGCACACUUCGGUUCCGGUCCAUCUCCAACGACAUAUCUUCUUCCACCCAGCUCAAUCUAGCAUUUCCCUCGAUGUUGUCUGCGUAGCUUCCACCCUCCUUCUUUGGUAUGUGGCAUCAGGAUCGACCGCUGCCAUAGCGACGAAGACAAUUUUUCUAGGGACAGUCGGUGCGCUCUUGGGGGUGCGCUAUGCAGGAUUGACUUGGGGUCUCAUAGCAAGUCUUUUACCCAUUGUCAUCCUUGCGAUUGGAGCUUUGUUGGCCUUGUACGUCCAGCAGAUGAGAGUGAGGAAUGAGGGACGAAGAAAGAACUUAUUGGAAAGUAUGGGAGUAUUGGAAAAUACUGUCAUACCAGGAACCAAGAACAAGCCCCCGAGAAAAGCGUCUCGAGCCACCGUGAUUGGGUUCUGGCAUCCGUACUGCAAUGCUGGGGGAGGUGGAGAACGAGUGUUAUGGUCAAUCAUUGCGUACUUACAAAGAGUCCAGCCAGAUACCGUCAUCCUAGUCUACUCAGGUGAUUAUCCCUCGACGAGCAAGGAAGAGAUGCUUGACAAGGUUCAGGAAAGAAUGUCCAUUCGUUUGUCAGGAGAUAAACUAGCUUUCAUCCCUCUACCUUCUCGACAUUUGAUAUCGGAUUCUUACUGGAAGCGAUUCACUCUCCUGGGGCAAUCAAUCGGUUCUGUCAUCCUGGCUUGGGAAGCCCUCUGUGGAGCUGAAGGAAUGUGGGGAGAUAUUUUCUUUGAUACUAUGGGUUAUGGGUUUACCUACCCAUUUGUCAGACUUAUCUGCGGGGGAGAGAUCGCCAUCGGAGCCUACACGCAUUACCCGACCGUGAGCGUGGAUAUGGUGAAGCGGGUGCGGAAAGGAGAGUGGGGUGUGGAGAGUGGAAGCACUCAACGGGGAUGGUGGGGGAAGCAAGUCAAGCUUGUCUACUAUGCCAUCUUCACCGUGCUCUACUCCGUAUCCCUCCUAUACGCAGAAGUGAUUAUGACAAACUCGUCCUGGACACAAGCCCACAUCACAUCACUCCUCUUGUCCGCCAGGAAGACAUGGCUAGCUGCUUUCCUUCUUAAAGAUGAAAAGGCAUUGCAAGCUCGAGAGAGACGUAAAGAACCGUCCAACCGAGGCAGAUGUGAAGUGGUAUUUCCUCCUUGUGAUGUGACCGGUUUAUUGAAGCUGGGCCAUGUUGGCAGUCGGAAAAGAGAGAUAGUCUCUUUGGCGCAAUUCAGGCCCGAGAAAGACCAUGCAAAGCAGUUGUAUGCUCUUAACGUUUUGUUCGAUCAAUACCCAGAGUGCAGAGAUGUGAGGUUGACACUUAUGGGAGGUUGCAGGAAUACGGAGGAUGAGCAGCGGUUAGAAGGCCUGAAGGCUUUAGCUAUGAAACUGGGUAUAGAGGAUCGGGUUGAAUUCGUGGUGAACGCUCCCUAUCCCGAAGUUGUGCGACGCCUGGGUCAAGCUUCCAUAGGUCUCAACACGAUGCAAGAUGAACAUUUCGGGAUUAAUGUGGUGGAGUUUAUGGCGGCAGGUUUGAUACCUGUCGUUCAUGCGAGCGCUGGACCCAUGAUGGAUAUUGUGGUUUCACAUAACGGGCGACAAACAGGCUUCCACGCCACUGACGCUGAAUCAUUCGCAUCUUCCCUCCACACCGCUUUAUCUCUUUCGGCGGAUCGUCAAUUGGAUAUGAGGAGAGUUGCCAGAGAUCUAGCAAGGGACAAAUUCAGUCAGGAGAAGUUUGAGAGUUCUUUUGAGCAAAGUUGGAGGUAUUUAAUUGGUUCUCAUCUAUCUGAUCGACCUGGUAUCUAG